CGGCGGCGGCUGGGGCUGGGGCGCGUCGGCCCCGCAGCUGCGGCUCGUUGCGCUCCGCUCGGCCCCGCUCCGCCCGGCCCGGCCCGGCCCUUAACAGCGGCGCCGUCCCGGGACGCCGUAUGUGAGCCGGGAGGGCAGCGCCGCACCGCCCCGCACCGCCCCCGCGCACCCGCACCGCACCGGCACCGCACCGGCACCCCGGCUCGGCCCCGCGGAGCUCCGGAGCAGCCGGCACCACCCUCGCCCCGGCACCCCACCAUGAGCAACCUCAACAAGGACACCGAGCACACCAACGGCGGCGGCACCGUCGAGGAGGAGGUACGGACGCUGUUUGUCAGUGGCCUUCCUGUGGAUAUCAAACCCAGAGAGCUCUACCUUCUCUUCCGACCAUUCAAGGGUUAUGAGGGGUCACUGAUCAAGCUGACUUCAAAGCAGCCAGUGGGUUUUGUGACCUUUGACAGCCGGGCUGGCGCUGAAGCAGCCAAGAACGCCUUGAAUGGCAUCCGCUUCGACCCCGAGAACCCCCAGACCUUGCGGUUAGAGUUCGCCAAAGCCAACACAAAGAUGGCCAAGAGCAAGCUGAUGGCCACACCGAACCCCACCAACAUCCACCCUGCCUUGGGUGCACAUUUCAUUGCACGGGACCCCUAUGACCUGACUGGAGCGGCUCUCAUCCCAGCGUCGCCGGAAGCGUGGGCUCCCUACCCCCUGUACACCACGGAGCUGACCCCUGCCAUCCCCCACGCCGCCUUCACCUACCCGGCCGCGGCUGCCGCGGCCGCCGCUCUUCACGCUCAGAUGCGCUGGUAUCCUCCCUCUGAAGCUACCCAGCAAGGAUGGAAGUCUCGUCAGUUUUGUUAGUUCAUUACGUCUCUCCUCGGCCUGUGUUCCUCCUCCCUGCCUCUCCGCAGAGGGAAGUGCCAGGGACGAUUUCCUCCUCCCUGCCUCUCCGCAGAGGGAAGUGCCAGGGACGAUUUCCUCCUCCCUGCCUCUCCGCAGAGGGAAGUGCCAGGGACGAUGGCUCCGGCUCCUCUGGAUUUGGUCCGUGGCCAGAGGACAAGGCGCCUGGCCCCGCCGCGCUGCCCCCGGCGCUGCCAGCACCCCUCUCCCUGGACUGUGAAGCCAUCGCGGCCCCAGCCAUGGGCUGUGUGCUGCCUCCACCCUCUCUCCAUCCAUCCAUCCCUCCCUCAGGCCACCCCCAGGACCUCCUCCCUGCCUGAGCUUUGCCAUCCGGCUGCACUGAAACCCAGCCGGGGGCCAGGUCCUGGGCUUCCCCAGGCUCUCCCUGCCCCGGGGGCAGCUCGGCUGAAGGAAUCGAAAGGCAAAAAUGGGUUUUGCAUGUUUUCUGGCAUGAAUUAAAACACUUAACUUGUGUCUGUGUGAGUGUAAGUUUGUUUGUUCUAGCGUUUGUGUAACCGUUAGCAACAGGUCUUGGCCCAACGGAUUGAUCCAUCAAGGUUUUCCUCUUGCUUCGGUGAAGACUUGGCUUUGAGAAAUACUAACUGUCCUUGUCUCACCCCUUCUUCCACCUCCACCCUCCCCUCCCCAGGACGACCAGAAAAAUUUGAAAAAUGCUUUUUUUUUUCCCUUUUAUUUUUUUUUUAAGUAUGAUGCACUGGGUUUUUGUUCUCAUCCAUUCUGCUUGUUUUAAAGUCAGGGUUAUUAUAUUUUUUUCCUUCUUCAAACUUCUAUAUAUAGAACAGCUGUAAAAUUUCUAACCUCUUUUUUUUCCCCACAUUCUUCUGAUUGGAGAGCAUCCAGUCUUGCCAAAUAAUCAGCCAUCCUUAUGGGAAUACCGAACAAAAAAAAAAAGUACGAGUAUUUUUGUACCAUGUGUAAUAAGGAAAUAUUUAUGCAUCAUAAAGAAUUUCUUGUGUGUUUGUGUGCAAUUAAUUAUUAUUAUUAUUAAAGAGAAAUUGUAAUCCUGUAAGAUAAGUUAAUGUUUAGUUAAAAGCUUGAAAAAGAAGGGUUGUCUUCUGUACCAAUGAUUCAGUCAGGCAUAGUAAACAAGAAAUUGUGCAAUUUUUGUUUUAGCAUCUUAUUGCUUGGUAUUGAAGUGCUUUAAGUAUUAUCUGACCAUGGCUGUCUCGCUUGUAUUAAAAGAUUUGAGAAUAAGUUGCUCUAUAAUUGCUGAUCCUAUGAGAAUGUGAAACUGGAUAAUAUAUGAAAUGCAACCAAAAAAAAAUAUAUAUACCCAGAGGCUGCUGUGA